CGUGAGCGGAGUUGACAUUCAGGGCACGGAGCGCCACACUUCAAAGCCGCGCCACACACGCACACACCUCGCGGGGACAAAAAAAACAAAACACCCAUGGCUUCGGCGAGCGUGGUGGGCCAGCACAGGCUGGACCCGGAGCCGCUCCUCCGGGUCUUCAAGCCGGCCGGCGGCAGGAAGAAAAUCGCCCUGCCGCGGAAGUCUUCGUGGGAGAGAAUCAUGUCGAGGAGAGGCGCGGAGUGCGAGUCCGUCGCCCCGCAGGAACACACCGGGACUUGUCGUGAAGACGCGGCGGGGAGAAGCGCGGCGGGAUGCCGGGGAGCGACGCCACGUAGCCCGGAGCGUGUCCGGCGCUCGCCCGCCAGGAGAGACGGCCACCCGGGAUUCGUCAUCACAGACUGUCCCACUGACCGCAAUCACGGUCACGGCGAGACCUCCCUCCACGGUCCUGGCGUCGACGUGACGAGCACGCUACGCCAACGGGAAUUCCUCCGGAGCAGGAGGGACUUAAGCAGCGUCUCCACCGCGGCGGCGGCCAAGCGGGACGGCCGCCGUCCUCCCCUGCAGCGGCUCACGCAGGGCAGGACCGGGGUGGUGAGGCUGGCUCGCACGGAGCCUCCCCGCCGAGAGGCGUGGGCCAUCUUCCCGCAGGGGUCGGAGCACAAGCCGGGAGAGGGACACCGGUUCGAAGCCAAGGCUGUGACCCAGGACUGGUGCGAUGCAUGCAGCCGCCAGAUCACCGCCCGGGCCCUGCAGUGUCAAAACUGCACCUACACCUGCCAUCUGGAGUGUGAAAGACACGUUCAGCUCGACUGCAACCAGAGGACCAAGGAGGACAAAGAAACAACUUUUUCCAGAAGCCAACGCUCCACUGCGGAACUGAAAAAAAGCGAGGCCAAGGAGGAAGAAGAUGGAGGAGCGAAGGACCUCCCCGAGGAAGAUGUGCGCGCCAGGAUAGAAGAGUACAACUCCCGAGUGUCCGAGAACGGCAUGACGCUGGCGUCUGACGGCUCCUACACGGGUUUCAUCAAGGUCCACCUCAGGCUCAGUCGGCCGGUCACGGUUCCCGCUGUGGAUGCUGGCAGCCCGGUGGGGGUUUUGGGAGGAGGCCCCGACGGAGCUCCUUUGGAGGGCCAAGACUGCGUUCAGGGCGAGGAGCGGACGUCCUUCUACCUGCCGUGUGACUGCGUCAAGCAGCUGCACAUCAGCUCCACCACCACCACCGGGGAGGUCAUCCAGGGCCUGCUGAAGAAGUUCAUGGUGUUGGACAACCCCCGCAAGUUUGCUUUGUACCGGCAGACGCACCGCGAUGCUCAGGAUCUGUUCCAGAAACUUCCUCUGUGCGAGCGUCCUCUUCUUCUGAGACUCCUGGCAGGGCCUGACCCGCAGACGCUCAGCUUCGUCCUCAAGGAGAAUGAGACUGGAGAAGUGGAGUGGCAUGCGUUCUCCGUCCCGGAGCUCCAAAACUUCCUGGUCAUUCUGGACAAGGAGGAGUCUGAGCGCGUGCGAGCGGUGGAGUACAAAUACACCGUGUACAGACGGAAACUGCAGAAUGCUCUGCAACACCAAGAAGAACACCUUGACCCCUGACCCCUGACCUCGUGCCACGUGAGGUCAACGCAGGGAGAGACUAAAACGUGAUCUCAGAGUUUGGAGAGGAAGUCCUCCUUUCUCCGCAUGUCCACACCUUCUCAGGACGCAUAACAACCCUCAGGCGGCCAUCUUGGAUGGGGCGUUUGAAGACUGCAAGGGGACAAGGAGCCGCCCUUCUUCUUCUUCUCCUUCUCCCGCCAAGUGUCCGCUCAUAGAACCUUCUAGGCCUCAGGACGCCGAGCAGAAGGCACAAUCAGACGUGCAGGAACAAGGUUUCUCCUGCCUGAGUAAGGUGGCGUGACACAGGUGCAAGGAAAAGAAAAUAAUCCUUUAUUUCCUUGCUAUUUCAUCCCACAUGUCACAUGACCAACCUCCGUAAGUGUCACAUGACCAACCUCCGUAAGCGUCACAUGAGCAACCUCCGUAAGUGUCACAUGAGCAACCUCCGUAAGCGUCACAUGACCAGCGAAUCCCUUCAUAACCUCCUUUUUGAACGCAGGACACCUGAGGGUUUUAAAUGGAAGACGGGUUUUACCACAGUGAUGUGCGAUACCACCGAUUUACUUUCCGAUGUGAUACCAAGUAAAAUUCAGGCUGGUAUCGGCGAUACCGAUACUUUGUGCAAAUAUACCGAACGUGUCUGAAGUUGUGUAUAUUAACAGAUUAUCUAAAAAACAAUAGUAAAAUGUAGGAAAAAAGAGCAAAGAAUGUAAAAUUUAAUGAGGAAAAAGGUGAUUUUUUUUUUUAGAAUAAUGAUAAUAAACUUUUUUUUAAAUUGAUUAAAAAAUAUAAAAAAGCCUCCCCCCUUAAAAUAUGAACACAAUUUAGUUGGUUGAUUAACAAAUUAAAUAAUACUAAUUUAUGAAUUAAUUUGACAAAUGACAACAAUAAUAAACACUUAAAUGUGUUAAUAUUUUCAAACAGGCAAAAUAAUAUGCAGUUAAACAACUGUAUUAUUUUUUUUCAGUUAUUAUAUGGGAAAAAAACAUCAAAAAUGUAAAAAAAAAAAAAAAGAGCAAAAAAUGUCAAAUGUCAUGAGAAAAAUAUGCUUUUUUUAGACAAAUAAUAAUACUAUAUUUUUUGUAUUCAAUUAAAAAUAUAAAAAUGCCUCCCGCCCCUUAAAAUAUGAACAAUUUAGUUGGUUAAUGAAAAAAAUAAAAUAAUACUAAUUUAUGAAUUAAUUAGACAAAUUACAUCAAUUGUGUAAGCGAACAUGAACAUUUUCAAACAAGCAGAAAAAUAUGCAGUUUAACAACUGUAUUAUUUUUUUCAGUUAUUAUAUAGGAAGAAAAAAAAAUGUAAGAAAAAAGAGCAAAAAAUGUCAAAUGUCAUGACAAAAAGAUGCAUUUUUUAGAAUAACAAUAAUAAUACUUUUUAAAAAAAAUUCAAUUAAAAAUAUAAAAAUGCCUCCCGCCCCUUAAAAUAUGAACAAUUUAGUUGGAUAAUGAAAAAAUUAAAUAAUACAAAUUUAUGAUUUAAUUUGACAAAUUACAACAAUUGUGUAAGCGAACAUGAACAUUUUCAAACAGGCAGAAUAAUAUGCAGUUAAACAACACUAUUAUUAUUAUUUUUAUUCAGUUAUUACAUGGGGAAAAAACAUCAAAAAUGUAAGACAAAAAUUAAUAUGUAAUGAGAAAACACUGAAAUGUUCUAAUAAUUGUUAAUAAUAAACUUAGUCACACACUGGAUCUGUUUUUAGCAUUGUCUUAAAAUAAAAUAUCAAUAUGGCUGACGCAUACUUUGACUUUUCAGUGAUGGAAAAAGUUCGGACACCCCCGAUAAAGCAUCGAAAGGUAUCGAUGUUUUGAUUUGAGGAUUGAUAUUAGCACACAAAGAUCUGGUAUCAACAGUAUCGGUAUUCCAGUAUCACUAUUUUCCUGACUAUAAGCCGCUAUACUUUUCCCCAAGCUUCGAACCCUGCGGCUUAUACAACGGUGCAGCUAAUCUGUGGAUUUUUCCAUCUCUUAACGGCUAAAUUCUGUAAGGGAUUGAGCAAAGAACUCAAAGUACUAAAACGAUCCACUUCAAGAAAGUCUUCAAACUUUUACAAAGUACAAGGAAGAAGAAUCCUGAUAAACAUCUUCUUCAUCUCUAAAGGAUGAAUAAAGAGAUCGAUGACUUCUGUUUUGUUUGAUCCGCCGUUUUACUGCCGUGUUACAGACGCCGUUUUGAAACAAUUAAGGUAUGUUAAUACCUUAAAUUUACACAAUAUUGCUGUGUAAAUAACGUAUACAUCUGCGGUGUGGCUAAUAUAUGGAAGAAAAAAAAAGUUCUUCUAAAAUGUAGUGGGUGUGGCUUAUAGUCUGGAAAAUACACUAGACAAGACCUGGUAACUUUUAAGUGACACUAUCAGAGGUUUAUUAUUGACCCGGAUAUAAGACGAUCCCUCCUUUUUAGACAAAAUCGGAUGUUUUCAAUGUGGUCUAAAACCUCAUCAUCAAUAAAGAUUGGUAUCACUAAGUAUUAUUUUGGCAUAUAAAUGAUAAUAGAACUGUUACAAAGGUUCCUAAUUAGUAAUAUUGCGUCAUGUUGUAUUGUUUUGUCAAAAAUGUUAAUUGCCAGUAGGGAAGAGAUUUAUACGGCCCCAUUCCUGGGUGAAUCUUGCGUGGGUUGAUCAUUUUGCAAUGCAGUCUGCUGAAAAUGAUUGAAAGCUCCACUCUACAUAGCGACUGUGGUCAAAGUUGGAAUUGUCACAAAAUGCAUUUUAAUAUAAUCAACACCUGGUGACUUAAGCGGAUCAUGCACUUCUUCAAUUUGUCACGUUUCAUGUGUCAGGUAAAUUGCAACGAAUGGGGCCAUAAUAAUCUCCUUCCUAGCGUACCUAACCCUGUUAAUAAGAUAUCAAAUACAACAAAAUAUUUUUGAUAAUAAAGAAUACCGACCUAACCACUGACAUAUAGAGCAUAAACUGAUAUUUUACUUGGUAUCUUUAUUGUCGAUAUUUGUAUCGAUCUGUCCUCCUUUUGUUUACAUUCAAGAAUUCUCGCUUAGUGGUUAGCAUACGUCCUCCUACUGCGUGUAGUGCAUGGUUAGCUAUUCCCGGUCCCCAGAGGAAGAUACUUAGAGGAAACGUUGUUUAUUUGCCGCUGCGGAGGCGCGGAUUACUCACUCAGAGGUGGCUUUGCACUGUGGGGGGACGUUAGCCGCUGACGAUGACGUCAACAUGUGUUGUCACAACGGUGUUUAAAGAUUUAUCGCAGGCCAAAUUUGUAACGUUUAUAUCGUCUGGAUCGCGCGACCCUACAGUAGGGAAGGUGUUCAUAUGCUCCUGGGUGGAUCUCGCGUGAGAGGAAGAGGGGGUGUGGGUUAAUCAUUUUGCAAUGCAGUCUGUUGAAAAUGAUGGAAAGCGCCAACUCGACAUGGCAACUGACGCCGUGGUCAAAAAACACAUUUUAAGAUAUUCAACCCCCCCUCCCCCCAAAUAUGUCACGCUUCAUGUGUCAGGUAAAUUGCGACGAAUGGGGCCCAUAUGAGUCCCUUCCUACUGGAUCUUAGUCUAGUCAACAAUUCAAUUCGGAGGAGUUCAAUUCGACUGUCAGCCUCGCAGUCGGCCAUUGAACCCCCGCCCCCCUCCAAGGAGCUUCGACUCUGGCAGGACUUUUCGUGUCUUCAGGUCACCGGUUUGUGUGAGUGACAGGAAGAAAAGCGGGGCCGUGUUUGGCACUACUUGGAUGUAUAAUCCUUGGGUGGUCCAUUGUGUUCAGACCUAGGGUAUCUUACAUUGGGGUCCAUGCAGGGUUUUUCAGUGGCAUGGAACCGCGUCGCAUCCUCACGCAAACUACAGAACGUGACGAGGACACGGCGAUAAUCACGGUCGCGGUUUAGGACUUCACGCUUGAUCAAGUACUAGAACCAGUACCUCGUCCUCCUUGCUUUUGCUGUGCCGUGGAAAAUCUACUUGAGGUGGUUUGUUGUCGUGACAAAUAUUUUUGUUCUUUUGCCGCCGUUUUGUCUUUUUGCGUGACGGCCCACAGGUUUUUAUUGGAAUGUUGUGAAGGGAGGCUUCUCGGAGCUGAUCCUGAAGGCAGUGCCUUGUGUUUUUCCCUGGGUCCACAGUAGGGACCCCACACCUGCGUGUGCUCGUGCACAGGUGCCUCAGCGUCUGCGUGCAAAGGUUUGCAUGUGUGAAAAUGUUGGACUCGAACAUUUAUUCCCAUUUUCUCUGCGGUCUUUGAACGCUCCGUUUGUCCUUGCAACAACAUUUGUGUGCCAGAGUUAUUUAUGACAACUAGAAGUGUGUCACUUAUAUGGAUGCAGAUGUACAGUAAAUAUUCACUUGUACAGAAUAUCUUCUGACUGGAAUAAAUGAAAAAUGUCUCUGA